AUGCAAGAUCCCUGCGGCGCGCCGAUCACUUGCGAUGACGUUUUCCACCACAGCUUCACUAUCCUCCACCACGAGCUCCUCCACAUACCCAAUUGCCCGCCAAACAUGACCAUCUCAAGCCCUUUUGCCCGCACAUCGCGCACUAUCGUCCGCAUCUCAACCAGCGCCGCACCGCACGCCCGGCGCUUCUCCAACACCGCUCCCGCAUUCAGCUCCGCACCAACCAAAAACCGCAUAUACACAGCGUGCGCAUUUCCCUCACCUCGUUUCCCAAGCCACACAGACACAGCGCCUAACAACUCUCCCCCUCUCUUCCACAGGAUCCGCACCCCCGACGAGCUCUCCAACCUCCUCCUCAUCUCCGCCUCGACGCGCCGCCCGCUCAUAACGCUGUGGACGGCGUCCUGGUGCGCGUCCUGCAAGGCGGUCGCGCCGCUCGUCCACAAGGCGAUCGAGGCCGACGGCGCGGGCGAGGCGGCGGGCGGCGUGGGCUACGCCGAGGUGCAGGUGGACGCGGCGACCAUCGGCGACCUGCCGCUGACGUACCGCAUCACGUCGAUGCCGACGCUGAUGGCCUUCGACCGCGGCGAGGCCCAGUUCGAGACGCGCCUGACGGCCGUCGACCGCAUCAAGGACGCCGCCUUGCUGCGCGACUGGGUCGAGACCGAGGCCGCGCGGAGGGGCGAGGGCGGCGCCGGCGGCAAGAGCCUGCUGGGUAGGUGGUUUGGGUGA